AUGGGGAAACAGAGCACCACUGAGGUCCUCUUCCUGGCUCUGAACCACAACAUCACCAUCGUGGGGAAGAUUUGGCUGGUGCUGAUGAUCCUGCUGAGGGUCCUCGUUCUCCUGCUGGCGGGGUACCCUCUGUACCAGGACGAACAGGAGCGCUUCGUCUGCAACACCAUCCAGCCGGGCUGCGCCAACGUCUGCUACGACGUCUUCUCGCCUCUCUCCCUCUUCCGCUUCUGGCUGGUCCAGCUCAUAACGCUCUGCCUGCCCUACCUGGUGUUUGUGGUCCACGUGGUCCACAAAGUGUCCUCGGGCCUGGUCGCGGAAGGCCACGUCCCAGGCAGGGUCAAAGGCGCAACACUAUACAGGGCUCGCCAGGAGGCUUGUGGGAAGGGCUCUGUGAGCAGAACGGCCCUUCGGACAGAGCAGGUUGGGUCCCGGAGCUUCACGGCCGCCUAUGUGGUCCACCUUCUGCUGCGUAUAGUUCUGGAGGCUGGCUUCGGCGUGGCGCACUACUACCUGUUCGGGUUCUACAUCCCCAAGCAGUUCCUGUGCCACCAGGCGCCCUGCACCACCACGGUGGACUGCUACGUCUCCCGACCCACAGAGAAGAUGGUGAUGCUGAACUUCAUGCUGGGGGCGAGCGCCCUGUCCUUCCUGCUCAACUUCGCCGACCUUGUCUGCAUCCUCAAGCGGGCGGUGAGGCGGAGGGGCAGGGGUGAGACGGUGGUGGCCAAGGUGUAUGAGGAGGAGGAGUACUACCUCUCGCCGAGCGGCCGGAGUGUGGGGGCCGAGCUCCCACUGGCCCGCGACCUUGUCGCCUCUGCCGCCUUCCGCAAGCGGGCAGCCAGCAAGUCCAGCACCGAUGAGGCCGCGUCCGUCCGUCUGGCUGCCCCCGGUGACGCCUUGAUGCCGCCUGCGCCCCCGCUGCCUGGCAACGGGACCAAAGGCAAUGGGACCAAUGCCAACGGCAACAACGCGUACGUGCAGGCCCAGGAGGAGGGGCUGGAGCGGGAGGGGAGCGAUGCUCCUCUCUGCCCGACCGACGUCAAGGGGACGCCGAGGUCCAUCCGCGUCUGCAAGCACGGCCGCCUUAAGCCGCCCCCGCCGCCCCGGAGAGACAAGGCCCCCUCCCCGGCCCUGGUGCCCCCCUCCCCGGAGCUCUUCGGCCGUAGGGUGGGGCAGUACACUCUGGUGGAGGUGGCCUCGGAGCUGCAGUCCAACAGCAGCGAUACACAGGAGAAGAGGUCUGAGUGGGUGUAA